AUGUCUAAGACAGAGCCUACAAACAGCUCUGUUCAACAGAACAUAGUCACUUCCUCUUUACCAUCAUCUGUUAGUUGUACAUUUCUUGGUUCUUUGUCAUCUCGUCGUGGUCGAGAUAUUCUCUCUCAAUUAUGCUUACAAAUUGCUCAACGAUCAAAUCUUCGACAUCAUUUCGUUGAGCGAAAAGACAUGGAUAACAUCAAUCGACAAUUUUUUAAUAAAUCUAUGAAAAAAAUGGUUAAUCAUUCUCGGUUAGUUAACCUACAGCAACAACAGUCGCCAUAUGAUCAAUCACAACCCUUCGAAAUGAAAGUUUUCUAUGUACGAGAUCAACUUGAACGAAUAUCCAAUAAACAGAAAGUUGACGACGAUCAGUCAUGCGAUUUAAUUACCAUUUCUGGUCAACAAUUGAUCGAUUUUCUCCUAGGUACGUGUUCUGGAUUAUUUCGUACGACAGCUCGAUCAACUGUUGGUGCAGAAAUUCUUGGUAACGUCCUUAAACGACGUCGUGUUGGUACUCAUUCAUUUCUGGCGCCAAAAGUCACAUCUAUUCAAUACUAUCCUCCAGUGAAUUAUUAUAAAGUUUGGCGUAUAAUGCAUCGUCGACGUUUGGGCAAAACUCAUCAACGUACGAAGUACCAACAACCACGUCCAGGUAUUAUGACAACGAAUCAUCAAAGUCCCAUUGUUUGUUUACGAAUGUAUCGUGGUAUACUCUAUUCGUGUUCUCUCAAUGGUCAAGUAAGAUUUUAUCAAAUACAAACUUUGACCGAACAUCCUCGCCAUCAACCGAUAUUCACACCAAAUGGUGGUACACAAACGUUACAAGUAGCACAUUGUAAACGAUUUGGGGGAACAAUAUUGUGCGUUGCUGGUUUUGAUCAAACAGUCAGAUUAUAUCGAGAUCAUCCAUCACAUGAGCCGAAAGGAGAAAUUAUGCUUGCAGCACCCGUACAUUGUACAGCUGUGAAGUUUCAUAUAUUGAUGGUUGGUUUAGGUUCAGGUGAAGUGGCAUUUAUUUCCUUGAAAAAGAUGUGUGUCAUUCAUACAAUCAAGUGCUCACCAUACGUUGUUUCAGCUGUAGCAGCAACACGCGACCCCGAUGGACGGCAUUUAUUGAUAGCAUCAUCGUUUGAUGGAUCGAUUGUAGUUAUUUCCUUACUGAAUGAACAACGACGAUUGACAUUAUCAGGUCAUACAAAAUCUCCUCGGCAAUUGAUCGUUGAUUCUACACAUCACUUACUCUACAGUUGUUCAGCAGAUAAGAAAAUUGUUGUGCACAAUUUUCUGAAUGGUACAAUUAUCUAUGAAUACAAUGAAUUUGAAAAAGCGGUAACAAAUAUCGCUAUGAAUCAACAGCAACACCUGUUAAUUGCUUCAUCACUUGACGGUUUGAUUAAAAUAUUCAAUACUCAAACACACGAACUAAUUCAGCAACUCACAACUUCAACGAGUCAGUCGAUCAUUUCGAUGAUCUAUAAAAAUAAUCUCGUUUAUUGCGGAAUGGAAAGUGGAACAAUUGAGGUUCUUCAAUGUGAUAUCAAUCAGGUGUAUCGAUGUGAAUAUGCUUCUUGUCGACAACCUUUCUCUCGCCGUGAAGAUGUUUUCAUUCACGCUCGACUUUUCCAUGUUCAACACUCAUCUACCAUUCAACGAUGCCUAUGGAAACAUUGUAUGAAAUGGGUUCCUUUGAAAAAAUUUGGUGAUCAUCUAAGAACGCAUACCGAAAAUCUUGUCUUGGAAAUCAAACAAGAAUCGCCAGCACCGAUUUCAAUACCAACUACAUACGGAUUCACAUCAGAUUCUUCUAUAACUAAUUUUAUUUUAUAUAAACACUGCUGUUUAUUCAUCGUAUUUGCUGUCGUCAUAAUUUCGAAUCAACAAGUCGAUAGUCAUGUACCAAACAAUAUUCCAUCCAAUCAGUGA